CGACGCCGUCGCCUUUUUGUGAAUCAGCCCAAACUCCCCCACCCCAUUUUUUUUCUCGGUGUAGACGCUUUGCGUUUCUGGGCGGCACGCAUACACGUAUUCCGCAUCGCCUUUUCUACUAACCGAACGACCGACUUAUUUUGUGGGAAAAACGCAAUAUAUCCAUCACUACUUGCUGUCUACAAAAACACGUCGGUUCAUCGUCAACACUACUCCCGGCGAUGAAUUACGAUCGUCGUUUCUCGCCGGGGGCUAACCCGGAUUAUUCGAAUCGAACCAUGAACUACCGUGACUCGAGAUCACAACAAAUCACUCCACGUGGUGGCAUUGAUUCACGUGUUCAUGCAUAUGGCAGAGAAUACCCACCACUAAGAUCCAGAUCUCAAACAAAUGUUGACCAAGACUACGGAGAUCGCUUUUCCCAACCUGCACCAUAUUUUGAUAAUCGAGGGCUUGAUCUGAAAUCCAGAAGUAAAUCAUUGGACACCAGAGAGUUUCGAGGACAUGAUGAUGGGUUUCAUCGAAAUGAAUAUCCUAAUGAUGGUGGAGUUGUCAUCCCUAUUCGCCGUGACAUUGGUCGUGAUCCGCAGUAUGACUUCCGUUCGUCCCCUCAAACACGUCACAGAGAUGCCGAGCCUUAUGGAUUUGAUGAUCGUCGUCCACAAGCAGGCCAAGAUGUACACAUUCCUUAUAAUCGAGAUAUUCAGGAACCAGUAAGGGAGCCUCUCGGAAGAGACCGUGACUUUGUUCCUAGAAGAUCAUUUGAUGGAAGAAUGGGUGACAGUCCAAAAUCGUAUUCUUCCCGAUUUAAGGAGCAAGCUACGAGAGAUCGCAGAGCCCUGGAAUAUGGUCGAGGAGGAUUCGGAGAUGAUUUCGAAAGAGAAGAGUAUGGAGCAGUGCAGCCAUAUCGUGGACCACCUGGAGGCGUGGUAAGUAGUGGAGGUGGCGGCUACCGAUCAAGCAGCCAUCACCGAUCUCAUCACGAGUCACACGGUGGAGGACACGAGUCGUCAUUUGGAGCUUCACGUGGUGCAAUCACUCAACAGCCACAGGUAUAUCAUCAGGAUAUGAGACCGGUUCGACCGGUGCAACACCAUCGAGUGCAAUGUUGUUGCUUCAAAUUUGUUUGGCCACCAUGGAGCUACGAACAAGCACCACCACCACAGCCAAUUUACAGAAACAUCUGAAAAUCUUGCUCAACCUUGACAAUGUUUGAUAUUCUUCAUUUUAAUCUGUAUCUAGGCUCAAUUCUUUGAUUUUUGCAACUCUAUUUACACCCGUGUUCCUCAAUUUCUCCAUUCAAAUUCUCAAGUUCACUGUCGCUGCCAAUUCUUUUUUUUUCUUAUUUUUUUUCCGAAAUCCCACAAAUAGUCAAAUAAUAAAAAGCAUCCUAAAUGAU